AUGGAGAAACCAGAAUCCACCGCCCACAUCGAGCGAUCCAAUACCUCCAAAUCCCUCCACAUCUCCCCCAGCCAUACCCGCGGUCAUGCUAUCCAACAACAAGAACACAACAGAACCUAUUUGCAGACAUUCCGCAAAGAUCCAUGGCUUCUGCUAUGGAUCGGGGUCAUGCUCUGGACUUUGAUUGUCCGUGGUUUCGAGAAUCAGUCUUCAGGUUCAGUCAUUAGUAUUCCUGUCUUCAAGGAACGCUUCGGCAAGCCUGAUGAGAAGGGAGAUUACUUCAUCGAGACCAGCUGGCAGUCGGCCCUCAGUGGAGGUUCGAAUGCCGCUGCUAUCUUUGGUGCUUGGGCUUCAUCAUACUUUGCCGACAUUAUCGGCUUCAAACCAGUCGUUCUUGCUGCCGCUGCCAUCAACAUUGGUUCUGUUGGCGUCGAGUUUGCCUCUACCUCUAUCGAGAUGUUCUUCGCUGGAAAGAUGAUCAACUUUAUCGCUAUCGGAGCUUUCCAGAACCUCUGCACAGCCUACGUUGCUGACGUAUCACCAUUGGCUAUUCGCUCUACUACCAUUGGUUUCUGCAACCUUGCUCAAUGCAUCGGUCCCUUCAUCUCUGCCAUCUUGUCCAAUUUCAGCUCUCAGUGGGAUACCAACUGGUCCUGGCAAUCGUUGAUUGUUGCCCAGUGGGGUUUCGCAGCAGUCGCUCUAGUCGGUCAAAUUUUCAUGCCUGAAUCUCCAGUCUUUUUGGUCCGCAAAGGCAAGAUUGAGAAGGCCCGCAAAGCCCUUGGCCGAAUGUACUCCGACCCAGAAGACGCUUCUGGACAUUUGGAACGAAUCAAGUUGACUCUGGAAGAAGCAGAGUCUUCAAACCUUGGUUCUUACCUCGACUGUUUCAAGGGUACCAACCUUCGAAGAUCCCUUAUUGCCAUCAUGGUGUUUCUGUCAGAGCCAAUGUCUGGCUUGGGAUUUGUUUCCAAUUACGGUGCUUUGAUGUAUCAGUACCUCGGAAUUAGCGACUCGAAGUCCUUCCAGAUUCAGAUUGGCGCUCAGAUCCUUUCCAUGUCUGGCGCAACUAUCGCUUUCCUUGUAGGCGACUUUUACGGUCGUCGACCUAUGUACGUCACUGGAUGCAUCGCCCUUGCUUGCCUUCUUAUGUGCAUGGGUAUCUCUGGCUCAGUCGAUAACACAGCUGCUGUUACCGCAUCAGUUGGCUUUUACACCAUGUACAACUUCUUCUACAAUGUUGGUGUUGGUUCAACUGUAUACACAAUCGCUGGAGAGAUUCCUACUUCAGUCCUGCGAACCAAGACGAUUGCGAUUGCUAUUUGCAUUUCUUCAGCUAUCAACACAAUGUGGUCUUUUGUCGCGCCGUACAUCUUUAAUCCUGAGUAUGCCAACCUCAAAGCCAAGAUUGGUUUCAUUUUCGGCGGCUUUAUGAUCGUCUUUGCUGUUCUGGCGUUCCUAUUUGUUCCUGAGACCCGCAUGAGAAGUUAUGAGGAGUUGGAUGAGCUCUUUAUGGAUAAGAUCCCUGCUCGAAAGUUCCGCAAGCACGUUACCCUUGCUGAGCGUCGUGCUGAGGAGGCAUAUGCGAUUGAGAAUGGUGCAGAGGGGAAGCUUCGAGAUGCCUAA